CUUUCAUUCUCGAUCUACAGUUAUACACUUCUUCUUUUUUGUUUUGCUUUCUGAGGAUUUCGUAUCGCUACAGAAAUGGCAGCAAACUCAAAAGAAACAGAGCUCCCUGUGAAGGCCUUUGGAUGGGCAGCGAGGGACACCUCCGGUUUUCUUUCUCCUUUCAAUUUUUCCAGAAGGGAAACAGGGGAGAGGGAUGUGCAAUUCAAGGUGACAUAUUGUGGAAUUUGCCAUUCAGAUCUUCACCAGCUAAAAAAUGAAUGGGGUUUCAGUUCAUAUCCAAUUGUUCCUGGGCAUGAGAUCGUUGGUGUAGUGACAGAGGUAGGGAGCAAAGUCGAUAAAUUUAAGGUCGGCGACAAAGUGGGAGUGGGGUGUUUUGUCAAUUCCUGUCGCAAGUGCGAAAGCUGUGCGAGUGACUUAGAAAAUUACUGCCCUGGAGGUGUCCCAACCUACAAUGCUACCACGACCACCACAUACGGUGGUUACUCAGACAUUAUGGUCGCAGACGAGCACUUUGUGCUCCGGUGGCCGGAAAAUUUGCCGAUGGAGGCGGCUCCUCUGCUCUGUGCCGGGAUCACAACGUAUAGCCCUUUGAGAUACUUCGGACUGGACAAGCCCGGAAUGCACAUCGGAGUUGUCGGGCUAGGUGGCCUUGGCCAUAUGGCUGUCAAGUACGCUAAGGCUUUUGGAUGCAAAGUUACUGUGAUCAGCACCUCUGCUAGUAAAAGGCAGGAAGCUAUUGAUCGUCUUGGAGCAGACGCAUUCUUGAUCAGCCGCAACCCAGAAGAUAUGCAGGCUGCCGCAAACACAUUAGAUGGCAUUAUAGACACGGUUUCUGCAGUUCACCCACUUGUGCCACUGCUCUCUUUGUUGAAAGUAAAUGGAAAGCAUGUCUUGGUCGGAGCGCCAGAAAAACCACUUGAAUUGCCGGUCUUUCCUUUGCUCAUGGGAAACUGGUUGCGGGAAGUGGCGUGGGUGGAAUGAGAGAGACACAAGAAAUGGUGGACUUUUCUAGCGAGAAUAACAUAACACCAGAUGUGGAGGUUAUUUCCAUAGAUUAUGUGAACACUGCAAUGGAACGCCUCUCCAAUAAUCAAGUGAAAUAUAGAUUUGUACUAGACAUUGCUAACACAAUGAAAUCUGCUUGAAUAUGUUCAUAUUAAGAGGCAUGUCUUGGCCUGAAUGAUUUAUUUACUUUGUAUUUUUCUUAAGUUUCAAUAAUUUUAUGAGACAUCGUUAUGUUUGUUUGUAUUAAUAUACAGAGUACUACAUAUAAUAUAAGCUAUGUUGCUUCUCCUAUUUAUUUU